AAAAUUUGCUUCGUUCGGUGCGCACGUGUUCACGCGGGCGCUAGAACGCGACAUCGUAACAAACUUUCGGCAUGAAAAUUUUUAAUUAACUGAUGUAUAUUUUUUAUUGUUGCGCGUGUGAUAGUGGUGUACUUUAUCGUUGUUUGUACGGUUUUUGAGUUAUCCAGUGGAUUUUUCGUGGAUAUCUUUUUUUUCGGAUUUUGAAUUUCGCGAGAUCUCAAGUAAUGUAAAGAAGAGAGCUCAUGUAAAUUACUUUAAAUGGAUUAUACAGCAUGCCUAUGACAGCGCAGCGUGGAGGCAUGGAUGGACCGUAGGAUGCGCGUCUCUGCGGCGCUUAUAUUCAUGACUAUUUUCAUACCCAUCGCUUCAUUCGUGCCUGGAACCGAUGGACCGGUUUCAAGGCAAGACGCCUUGGAGGGUGGCAGCACAUCGUUGUACUGCGACUCAACACCCGACACUAUUAAUGAUGAAUUAAUGCUUCUAGUCUGGUACAAAGACAAUGUACCUAUUUAUAGUUUCGACGCGCGUAUCGGCAUCGAGUGGUCCAGUGCUUCUUUCAAUACUAGCAACAGAUUGAGAGCAGAUGUCGGCCAGCAGCCAACUAAGUUAGUGAUAUCAGAUUUGAGGGGAGAUGACCAGGCUCUGUACCAUUGCCGUGUGGACUUCCUUCAAGCUCCUACGAGAAAUAUAGGCGUUAAUUUAACUGUUAUAGUGUUACCAAGCCAACCGUUUUUUCUGGAUGAAUUAGGGAACAAAGUGGAAAAUAAGAUUGGGCCAUAUCACGAGGGAGAUACCUUAGUUUUAAGCUGUCUUGUUAUUGGAGGAAGGCCUCCACCACGAAUUACUUGGUAUUCCGGUGAAGACCUGGUCGACGCAUCUGAUGGCAUAAGCGACAUUCCCAGUGUACGGGAAAAUGAACUUUACCUCCCACUAACAAGAGACAAUGCGCAAUCGCUCUCGUGCAGAGCCAGCAACACUCAUCUUACCCCACCAGUUAUUACUGCCUUGGAAAUUGAAUUAUACCUAUCUGCGUAUAAUGUGUCUAUACAUUGGGUACGAGGCACAUACGGAGACGUGCUGCAGGCGGGGAAGCCCGCAGUCGCAAGAUGCAUAGCGCACGGUUCUUACCCCCCACCUGACGUUCUGUGGUGGUUAGAUAAUAAACACCUCACGCAGCAUAGCAACCAGAGCGUCAACAAUUCUUCUCAAACAGCGAUCUCGUAUUUGGAAUUAACGCCAUCUGUGAUCGAUAAUGGCGCAACUCUAGCCUGCAUUGCAACUAACACUGUCAUGGCGCCCGGAAGAGACUCUAAAGCUGAUGUCGUUGUUCUGAACGUUACCUAUAGCCCAAUAGUAGAAAUAAUAAAAGAAGGAGAUGGAAGACUGAACGAGGUCUUGGAGUUGGACCAACUGCAUUUGACAUGCGAUACUAAAGCUAACCCACCUGUAGAAAACUACAUUUGGUAUUUCAAUGAUAUAGAAAUUAGACCAAACAGCAUAUGGGGCACCGAGACAAACAACCAAGCUCUGAUCAUUGAAGAAGCUGAUCGGAAGCAUGCUGGUCGUUACUCCUGCUCUGCUAGCAACAGUGUCGGUGAAACAAGAUCUGAAUUCAUCAGUAUUAUUGUUUAUUAUCCACCAGAAUGUAUAAGCUCAGGAAUUAGUCUCAUUAAAGAGACAUUGAAGUGCAACGUUAGGGGCUUACCAGAACCUGAUACGUUCUUUUGGCAUAUUCAGCCAUCUGACGAGGAAAUGCAGCAUCUCACGACUGGUUCUCCAAUCCUACCACUAAGCCAAAUAACCGGGACAUUAUCCCAUACGAUAGAUGCCAGUUGUGAAGCUGGUAACGGCAUAGCAUCUCAGGAAAAACCAUGUAAGAAAGUAUUUACCUUGGAACAGUUGAGACCCCCUCAACCUCAGCAAUGUGAUCUGGCGUAUGAAUACAAAGAGUUUCAAAUGAGAUGUGUUCCAGUUGAAAACGCCACACACUAUGAAGUUUCUGUGUGGCGAAUGUCUACUUCGAAUGCAUCUUUAUUUCUGGAACGGCGAGGCGCAAUGGGGUUCGGAGUGAGUCAGGCCCUGGCGCAGGGGGGCGGAGUGCCCUGGCUAGUGAGAGGACCUUUAGGAACCCUGAAAAUUGGCGAUGAAGUUGGAGCUUCCGCUUGUAAUAGAUAUGGGUGUUCUGUGGCUCUGCUGUUACGGCCUACUGAGAAUUUGUUACAUGCUGCCGGAGCACCAUGGUGGAAAUUUCUUCUGGACAGAGAUGUUGGUAUAUCAGUUGGUGCAAUUGUGCUUGUGGUGGUAUUUAUUACAUCAACCACACUUCUGGUGAGACUCAUACGCCGGUCGCGAAGUAAGCCUCCAGCUCCAGUCAUCCAGGUGUUGCAGUUGGAUGACGUAGCUAGGGACUACUUGGAUACGAUAGGAGAACAUAAAGUCCACGCAUCCCACAGUUUGAGAUCAUGUAGCAGUGGAUAUUCUGAUGGAUCUGGGGAGUCCGCCCCAACAGUGGACAGGCGGAGGAAGCCACGAACGAUAUGGGAGUAUGAUCCACCACCACCAGACGUGACGUUAACGCUUCAUAGGGAAAGCGCAGUGUAAAUAAGAAAUUACUAUUAUACUCUAUUUAUGAUAAUAAAUUGUUGA